AUGAAGCUACGAGAAAAGUUCUUUGAGCAAAAUGGGGGUGUGUUUCUGAAACAAAAGCUCAAGGCAGCAGGGGCUAGUGAUGUCGUGACUAUGUUUAGCAGUGAACAGCUCCGAAAAGCCACUGAUAACUAUUCGGAGGAGCAAAUUAUUGGCCGAGGUGGUUCUGGUGUAGUGUAUAAAGGAAUCUUGUCUGAUAAACGUGUUGUUGCAAUAAAGAAGUCUAAAAUAGUUGAUGAGACACAGGCAGAGCAAUUCGUCAAUGAAGUAUCUAUCCUUACACAAGUCAUCCAUCGUAAUGUGGUUAAGCUGUUAGGCUGUUGUUUGGAAGAGGAGGUACCAGUAUUAGUUUAUGAGUUCAUCUCUAACAACACACUUUUCUAUCACAUUCAUCAUAGAUCGGGUGGAAUGAGUUGGUUAUCAUGGGAGAAUCGGUUGAGAGUUGCUGCUGAAGCUGCAGCUUCACUUGCAUACCUUCAUUCACAAGCUUCUAUGCCUAUCAUACACAGGGAUGUCAAGUCUGCCAAUAUAUUAUUAGAUGAUAACUACACCACAAAAGUGUCAGAUCUUGGUGCUUCAAGAAUGGUCCCUUUAGAUCACGAUCAAGUCACAACUCUUGUUCAAGGCACACUUGGGUACAACCAUGGAGGAAAAGAACUUGGCCACAUACUUUGUCAAUUCAAUGAAAGAAAACCGUCUAUUCCAAAUUGUUGA